GUUGUGCAUAGAGAACUUGCCAUGCAACAACGUCUCACUAAAAAUAUAAAUGUAAAUUUAAAGGACAUUUCAUAUCUAUUGCAGCAGCUAGUAGCCAAAGAAAAAAUAGGAACAAUGAUAUUCACUUUACAUGGUAGUGGAAAAGGCUUUGUAAUAUCAGCGUUUCCGAAAAACCACGUGCAUAAUUAUUCAGUCUGUGAUAGUUUGGAAGGUGCUGAAAGCGUGAGGUGGCCUUACCAAGAAUCAGACCUCAUAAAUAUACUUGAAAGGGAUGAAUUUGCUCCAAUUUUAAUAAGGCUGGCUGCUCAAAAAUUUCCUCAUCUUAUACAAGACAACUGUUUGAUAGCAGAAGUUAGAGAUUUCAGAGAAGGAGUUCUCAAGCACAAAUUUCAUUUAUUGAAACCAGAUAUGGUUAAAUUGCAUAAUUUUCAGCGGCAAAAAGCAGCGAUGCAGCAACAAGUUGCGGCCGCAACAGCUGCUGCGGCUGCAGCCGCAAAUGAGAUUCGAAAAUCACCGUUGACUACUGGUCAGAAUGCCACACCAGCCUCCGCAGCCAUUAGCGCCAUCAAAAACAAUGUUAGAAACUGGGCAGAGCAAUAUCAACAAGAAACAGCCGCUGCUGCAGCGGCGGCGGCGGCGGUUGCUGCAGCCUCUUCUCACAAAUCACCUGCAACCGGAAGUAGUUUUGUGAAUGCUUCUACCAGCGGAAGUACUUCUAGUGGAAAUGAUGCUGCCAUUAUUAGCCUAUUAAACAGCGCACCUGCUGCUAUGACAAACACACAUCAUCAACACCUUCAACAACAUCAGCAACUUGCGGGAAAUGCUACUGGUAAAACCAGAACGGCAGUUUUUCCUCAAAGAAGGGUUUGCGUUUCGCCUGCUGGUAAUGUUGUCGUUGCUGAUGUAACUGAUAGUACAUUAUCACCGUCGUUCUCUUUGCCAGCUGGCUUUCAAGCUACCGUACUCUCACCUAGCGACACAUCACCAGCCGCGCAACAAUCACAAACACCUCCUGCAUCCACAAUACUGGAGCGUAUGAUUGCUAACGCCUCGCCAUCGAAAAAAGUUUCGCCUGGUGCUACUCAAUUCAGAACACCGUCAACCAUACAUGCAGCUAAUCUCAAUUUGGCGGGCCGUCAGCAAUUUGCGCAGCGAAUAGGUGUGUCUGGUGCUGCUGGCGCAAUACUGCCACAAUUAACACAGACAAAUGCUGUUGCGGGCACGGCAAGCGCUACUAGUGUUGCCACUCCAUUCGCUACUGGACAAACGGUGCUAUUAAAUACGACGGGGGGUGGAACCACUCAACUGCCGAUGUCUUUGGCUCAACUAGUAGCUUCAGGUGUUAAAGGGCUGAAUACUCAAUCAAUGCGAGGUGUUCCUUCAGGUAUUGUAUCUUUCAACCAAACCUCAGGACCUCCCUUGCAGUUGUUGGAGGCUUUACGGAGACCUUCAGCACCCUUGCAAAGCACUGCAGCUAAGCCCCAACUCACUAGAAACGCAACCGGAAAAUGCCAGUUGACGGGAGCGAUUAUCAAGAUGUCUGUUCCAAAUACAGCUAGUGUGUCUCAUGCCACCCCAGUAGCAACAAUGACAUCAGGCGGCACGAUUUUAGCGCUCACUCCACAACAAUUGGCAGAAGUUCAAGUUACUAAGGAUCAGCAACCCAAAGGAACCUUAAAUCAAUCUUCUUCAAUGUUGUUUGAUUCUAAGCACAGGCGCAGAUCACACACUAACGAUAGUAGUUAAUGAUAGCAGGUAUCUGUAGUAAAAUCUAAAUCUGUAUGAAAUGCUUUGUUAAGACUGUCCUUAAUGUUUAUAAGUUCUCUAUAAUUAUAAUAAAUCAUAACAACGG